AUGAUGUGGGCCUUUUUACGACGGGCUGCAAAGCUGAGCGACGCGGGAAUAACAUACUGUUUGUUGGAUGGCUUGGACGAAUGUGACGCAGAGAGUAGAGCUCUCAUCCUUGAACUACUCGAUCUUACGCUCCCGUACGAAGGCUGCCCGGAGACGCAACCUACUUUGAAGUUCCUUGUCACCACCCGCACCCCUCUAGACGUCGCAAAAUACGGGAAUGUCGACUUGGAUGCGCAUACUGGGAGCGGGUCUAUGUCUUCGACUAUGGGCUCGCUUACAGUCGAGGAGCAUCUUAGCAGCCUGAGCCAGAAGUAUAGCCGCAUGGGUUUUAUAGUGUUGCAGGUGCUCGCUGCCUACCUUUGCCCGCCGACCACCGGGCAGCUUCUGUCCAUGUUCCCCGAGAGCCAGCGAACCCACGUUCUUGCAUUCCUCGACUCUCGUCCAACCGAACUGCUAAUUAGUUCCGAGCACAUAGGGUUCGCAGAUUCCGAUGCAUGGCUCGCGCUCUCACAGUCAAGUCUUGCGGAAGCCAAUAAUGCCAAGCUUGCUCGACAAUGCCUAGAGUUAAUCGGCGCCGGCCUUGCUCAGGUCGACAUGGCAGAUCUGGAAAACGAAGAGUCUAUUUGGGUCUCGCAAGUCCCUACCGACUUGAAGUAUGCAAUAAAUCACUGGGCUGAUCAUGUCAAACUGCUGGAGAACAUCCCGCAAGACUUGGUGGCAUUGAUUGAGGCGACCUUUUGCUCUGUACCUACAGUUCUGGAGAAGUGGUGGAUCAUGUUCAUGACCCGGAAUUACGGCAUCUCCUCGUAUCAUGAUGUUCGCAAACAUGAUACGACACUGCUCCACAUAUACGCGCUCUUUGGUCUCAACAAGCUCAUCGAGGACUUCUCCUCGUAUUGGUUGUUGAAGAAGUACAUGACAUCAGAAGACGCCCAGAUGCUAGCGCCGAUCGAUGUCGCGAUCUUGCAUAACCAUAUCCAGACGGCCAAAUUCCUCACUACAAAGAUCGAUGCCUUUGGAAGUUACUCAUGUAUCCUCGCGGCUGGUUCCAGUGUGGAAAUAGCAGAUCCGAUUUAUUCCAAACAUCGCUCCACUGACGUACCUCUCGGCGAAGAAGAAAUCAAGGCGUUACUGUGGAACGCAGUUUGCACCGGAAUACCAGACAUGGUCAACGGCACCAUCAACUUCGUGUUCGUGAAAUCGCCCGACGACCUUUUCCCGUGGAACAAUACAUCAUACGCCGAAGUCAUCAUAGAUUCCGGGGACCACCGCUUACUGAAACCCAUCCUGACAUCGGUCAAUAUGCAGGAGAAGGCCGGUCACCUCAUCGAAUACGCAACAUGGCAACACGAACCGCGUAUGCUCGAGGAGAUACUAGACUACGAGGUGGUGCGCGAAAUGAUCAGACACAAUCAGAUCAAUCUUCGCAAGGCUCUGAACAACGCACUCUUCCGCAGAAGCCCCCGGAUGACAGAAUUGUUACUAAGCGAAAAGACUAUGAACUUCCCAGCCCUUGUCAACAAUCCAAGACCGCUGGAAUGGGCAGUCAAGCACCCCAAUGUCCACACUCUCAUGGUUUUCCUAGCACAACCAAAAUUUUGUUUCGACAAGGGCGCCAUUGAAGAAGGCGUCGCGCUGAACCUCAUGUUGCACAACGCGGGCCAAGAAUUGGGCGUCGACAUCGAUAGUCUUGACAAGAUACUCCAGCGGGGUGCGCGCAUGCGGUACGAAGACUUCGGCAUGACCGCUCUUCACGUUGCCGCUGAGAUUGGUCGCAUGCCAGUCAUGGAGACCCUGCUGAACAAUCUAACUGAACAGGAGAUCAAAGAGGAUAUCGACCGUACUUGUAGCCGCGCCCACAAAGGUCAAGGCCGGGAGAGUAGGACUGCAUUGGCUAUCGCUGCUUUGAAGGGCAGCUUGGAGAUAGUGCAGUGUCUGCUGGAUAAAGGAGCGGAUAUCGAUGCGGAAGAUGGGGAAGGGAAGACUGCUGUGCAGCUGGCGCGAGAGGCUGGUCGGGAAGAUAUUGCGGAUAUGAUAUUGGAUUGUUGA